UCUUGUCUCGCCUGCGUCUCGCUUUGUCUGUUUUUUGUUCCUUGGACUUUUGUACGAGGAAUAAUUUGGAAACGUAGUUGCUUUUCGAGGUGUUCAUGGAGGAUAUGACGGAGAGAAGGACUCCGUUGUUGGAGAAGGUAUACUUCGAAGGUUGUCCGGGUUGUAAGCAAGAUAGGAAGAAGGCAGCUUCUAGUGGAAUCCCCUACACAGAGUUCUUCUAUGUGUGGAUUGUCACACUCUGCACAGCUUUGCCGAUAUCAUCAUUGUUUCCAUUUAUAUACUUCAUGAUAAGGGACUUGCAUGUUGCCCAAAAAGAAGAAGAUAUUGGAUUUUAUGCAGGUUUUGUCGGAGCUUCAUUUAUGCUUGGAAGAGCAUUGACUUCCUUAUUGUGGGGAAUAAUUGCCGAUCAACAUGGAAGAAAACCUGUUAUAGCAAUUAGUCUUGUUGCAGUGAUAGUAUUCAACACUCUUUUUGGGCUGAGUACUACUUACUGGAUGGCAAUUACAACAAGAUUUCUUCUUGGAUCACUAAAUGGUCUACUUGGUCCAAUAAAGGCAUAUUCUAUAGAAGUUUGUAGAGAAGAACAUCAAGCUCUUGGAUUAUCACUUGUGACAACAGCAUGGGGCAUAGGUCUUAUAAUUGGCCCAGCUAUUGGAGGCUUCUUUGCUCAGCCUGCAGAAAAAUAUCCUGAGAUAUUUUCACAAGAUUCUUUAUUUGGAAGGUUUCCAUACUUCUUGCCUUGUCUUUGUAUAUCCGUCUUUGCAGCUGCAGUUUUUAUAGCUUCUUUGUGGCUUCCUGAAACAGUGCAUAAACAUGAUUCAUACAAAUUGGGGGAUGCGACAAUUGAACAUAUGGAGUCUUCUCCAUUUAGCUCUGAUGUAAAAGGAUAUGUUGAUGAAUGUGAAAAACAAGAUUCACAUCCAAAGAAGAGCCUUUUUAAGAAUUGGCCAUUAAUGUCAUCUGUCAUCGUCUAUUGUAUUUUUUCACUUCAUGAUAUGGCUUACACUGAGAUAUUCUCUUUAUGGGCUGUUAGUGAUAAAAGUUAUGGAGGAUUAAGCUUUUCAUCUCAAGAUGUUGGUGAAAUUCUUGCUAUCUCAGGACUUGGUCUUCUGGUAUACCAACUUCUUGUUUAUCCUUCAGCUGAGAAAUUGCUAGGACCAAUCAAAUUAAUGCGUGCUGCUGCAGCUUUAUCUAUACCUUUGCUUGCGGCUUAUCCCUUUAUGGCUAAGUUAUCAGGACUUCUACUUACAUUGAUAGUGAACUGUGCAUCUUUGAUGAAGAAUGUUCUUUCUGUAUCUAUCAUAAUUGGAUUGUUCAUUUUGCAAAACAAUGCUGUGUCUCAAGAACAAAGAGGUGCUGCAAAUGGCAUAGCAAUGACUGCAAUGUCCUUGUUUAAAGCAAUUGCUCCAGCUGUUGGUGGUGCUAUAUUUUCUUGGGCUCAAAAGCGGCAGCGGGCAUUUUUCUUUCCAGGCGACCAGAUGGUGUUCUUCCUGUUGCUCAUUAUUGAGUUGAUUGGAUUCAUUUUUUGCUUCAAACCUUUCCUAGCUCAACCCAGAAAAUAGAAUGGUGCUCUGCUAUAACAAUGCGGAAGUGUCAAUUUUGGAGUCGAAUCAACUCCUUGUAAGGAAUCUAUACUUUUGAUUCCUCACCAAAUCCAUAUAUGAUUUAAAUAACUUCGAAUUAGAGUCAUUUGUUCCUAUUGAUUGUGAAAUACAUUGCCAUGACCAAUUCAUGGAUACUGAUAAUUACAGUAGAGUAUAAAUUUGAAU